AAAUUUCAGAGAGAGGAGAGAGAUACCAAUUCUAGAGUGAGAGCGAAAGGAAAUGUAGAGACAUAGAGAGAGAACCAAUGAAGAUAGCAAUUUUAGAGAGAGAAUCUAGGGCCUCAAACCUCCUUCCAUUUUAGAGAGAGACUCUGGUGAGAGGCGGUGACUCAUACUAUCCACGUGGUACUUUCCGAUUCGCAUUAUGUUUGCGUCAAUUCUAUUUCCCAAUCAAAUUUCGCCACGUUUACAACACACUGUGUCAUUUAGAGAUCAAAUUCCGACGUGGCACUCUCAUUCUUCCGCGAUAAACCCUCGGAUCCACUUCCAAUAUUUGUCUACCUCAACAAAACCAGAGCCCCACUGUUUCUGAAACCCUAAUUAGGGCUUUAUUUCUUGCCCUUUUGUUUCUGUGAAUUCGUUUAGAGAUCCUUUGAUCCACAUUAGGUUAUUAUUUGCAUUUUUCUCUGAGAAGCCAUGGCUACAACGCCUAAGCUUCUGCUCCUUCUCUGCUUAUUUGCACUAAUUCUCUCCUAUGUCUCCUCUGCAACUUCUUCGAAUGGAUCCCCAAAAGGCACGGAUGAUCUAGACCCUGAAGACUUCGAAUUCCUUGAAGAAGAUGAUGAAGCAUCGGUUGGCCAGAACUUGAAUGAGGAGCAAUUCGAUGGUGAAGAACAUGAAGGGUUUGGUGAUUUUGAAGGAUCAGAGAGUGAUCAUGACCACGAGCAUUACUCGAUGCCCAAGGUUGAUGAGAGAGAUGUGGUGGUUUUGAGAGAGGGCAAUUUCAGUGAGUUUAUAGGGAAGAAUAAGUUUGUACUGGUGGAGUUUUAUGCUACAUGGUGCGGUCAUUGUCAAGCUCUUGCUCCGGAAUAUGCAGCUGCUGCUACAGAGUUGAAGGGGAUGGCUUCGCUUGCAAAGGUUGAUGCAAUAGAGGAUAGUGACCUUGCUCAAAAGUAUGAAGUUCAAGGUUUCCCAACUCUGUAUUUCUUUGUUGAUGGGGUUCACAAGUCUUACAGUGGGCAGAGAACUAAAGAUGCAAUAGUAACUUGGGUGAAGAAGAAGACUGGGCCUGGUGUCUCCAAUCUUACAACGAUUAAGAAUGCUGAAAACGUGUUGGAGACCGAGAACAAAGUGGUUUUGGCUUUCCUCAAUCAUCUCGUGGGGCCUGAGAGUGAUGAGUUGACUGCAGCCUCACGCCUAGAAGAUGAUGUCAAUUUUUACCAGACUACUAAUGAAGACAUUGCAAAGCUUUUCCACCUUGACCCGAAAACGAACCGCCCAGCUUUGGUAUUGCUGAAGAAAGAAGCUGAGAAAUUGAAUGUCUUUGAUGGGCAGUUUACCAAGUCUGCAAUUGUAGAUUUUGUUCUCGCUAACAAGCUUCCGCCAGUUAUAACUUUUACCAGGGAAAAUGCACCUCUCAUUUUUGAAAAUCCCAUUAAAACGCAGAUUAUACUCUUUGUCACUUCAAAAGAUUAUGAAAAGGUUCUACCGAUCUUUCAAGAGGCUGCAAAAUCUUUCAAGGGGAAGCUGGUCUUUGUACAUGUGGAUUUGGACAAUGAAGAUGACGGGAAACCUAUUGCAAAUUAUUUUGGAGUAACUGGAGAAAAUCCUCAGGUUAUAGCAUUCAGUGGAAACACUGAUGAAAAGAAGUAUCGAUUUGAUGGUGAAAUCACUGGGGAUAAAAUUAAGGCAUUUUGUGAUGAUUUACUGGGAGACAAGCUGAAGCCCUUCUUCAAGUCUGAUCCCAUUCCUGAAACAAAUGAUGGAGAUGUGAAGAUAGUGGUUGGAGAUAACUUUGAUGAGCUAGUGCUCGAUGAGUCUAAGGAUGUACUUCUCGAGAUCUAUGCACCAUGGUGUGGGCAUUGCCAAGCACUGGAGCCAAUUUACAACAAACUGGGCAAGCAUUUGCGAAGCAUCGAAUCCCUUAUCAUAGCCAAAAUGGAUGGAACCACCAACGAGCAUCCUCGGGUCAAGUCUGAUGGAUACCCAACAAUUAUCUUCUUUCCAGCUGGCAACAAAAGUUUUGAUCCUAUCACUGUGGAUACAGAGCGGACUGUGGUUGCGUUCUACAAAUUUCUUAAGAAGCAUGCUGCCAUUCCAUUCAAGCUCCAAAGACCAGUCACCCCUACCAAACCAGAAGCGCCUGCACCUGCACCUGUAAUUGAGGAGAGUAGCAAAGAUUUGAAGGAUGAAUUGUAAUGUUAAAAAGCUUUCAAGGUGUGUAGGUCCAUACUUUGUUAUUUAUUAGAUGGUGAGAUAGUGUAGGAGAAAGGAGACUUCUUAGUUUAUUCGAUAGUGAGAUGUUAGCGAGAAGAGAUAUGAAAGCUCCUUGGUUCUCCCUUCUGAAGAGAGGGUGAUUUUGAGUCCUUGUUUCCCAAAACCUCAGUUGUCCUGACAAAGAAUGCUGGUUUACGAAUAAAAGAGCUCCAUUUCCAUGUUGUUUUUUCA